UAUUUAUUUAUUUUCCAGUUCCGUAAUUCCUUCAUGCAAGUGUGUCUCUAGGACAAAGAAUAUGUCAAAUUAUUAUAGAAAUAAAGAUAAUUAAUAGUUAUAAGUCUUACAGUCUAAAUCUCAUACAGUAGGAUACACGUAAAGGUCAAUACAGAAACCUCAGAUAACAGUAGUCAUACAAAUAAAUAAUAAAGCUUGUUCUCUAAUUCAUAUUUAAAGCAUUCUAUCAAUAAGUGAUGUACCAUUGUAAAUGGAAAAUUCAAAUGUGAUGCCUAAAAUUAAAAAUAAUUUGGAAAGUAUUACACUCUGUCAAAAAAUUCCUGCAAAGAAUGAAAAAAGUAUUACACUCUGUCAAAAAUUCCUGCAAAGAAUAAAAAGAGCUAUGCAAAAGAUAAAAAGUUUUGGUUGGUUUUUUGAAUUUAGUCAGAUCCCCAAUGAUUGAUAUGUAUAUGUACUGGAAGUUUAAUGCAUACUUUUAUGCUACACUAAAUGAAUGCUUUUCUGUACCAUGCGCUUUUUUUUAUAUAUUUGUGAAGAUCAAGUUUACUUCUUGUAUUAUAACCAUGGCACGCACGGUUUAUUUUGUAAAUGGUACAAUUCUUGUUGGCAUCUAGUAGAAUACAUGCAAGAGCAUCUAGGGUGAACUCUAUCAAUGAUGACUGAUGACAAAGAGUAUAUUUGUUUUUGACUGGUUUCUCUAGAAUAUACGCCAUGUGUCAUAAAUGAAUGGAAAUAUCCAAGGUACACAGGUCUGAUUUUUCCAAGUCACAAACAUACUAGUUUAGGUUGUUAUUAAUGUAAACCUAGGAAUCUGGAAGACUCCAUUCUAAAUUUUCUUUGUCAAUAUAUUUUAUUUCGAUAUCUUCCCUUUUUUUGAGUGUUGUGUGAAACUGAAUGAACUGAGUCUUGUUAACACUGAGAGAUAGUCCAUUUUAAGUGAAUUCUUUAUUCUUUGAAUAUAGUGGUUAUAGUCUUCUCUAGACUGCGGUUCAUUACUUUGUCAAUCAUAAUAAUUGGGUGAUCCGCAAGUAAGGUGAAAUGUACUCUUUAGGCUCACAAACCAUGGCAGGUCAUUGAGGAAUAUUAAGAACAAUAAGGGACAAAAUACUGAGCCAUGCGGUGCUCCACAUUUCUCUGUGCUUCAGGCACAUGCCAUUGCAGAAUUAUUCAAUACUGUCCUCUGUUUCUUGUCUUCUACAUAGGCCUCAAGUCACCUGACACGUUCCACAUCAUUACGAAGUGUCGUAUUCAUGAUCUAUGGAACAAGUAUUAAUCUAAUCUAAUCUAAUCUAAUCUCUACUGUAGCAUUUCAGGUGCCGUGCUUAGCCUUUUUAAGUAGAAUCUAGUGAUCUAUACAGUCAAAUUUUAUUGUUCAUCAAUUUGAGGAUUUGGUUAACAAAUGAGAAAAUAGCCUUUUCAGUUGAAAUGACCUUUCGGAGUCUAAACUGAUUUUACUGAGGAUAACCUGUUUAUUCACACGAGCCAUGAUCCUCUGGGAUUUUUGAAAUACUUGCUAAUUGAAAUUAGCCAGUAGUUAAAAAGUUCAGAUUUAUCACCUUUUUUUUAAACAGCAGUGGUCCUGUUGUCAAUGAGAUUGUGUCUUUGACCUUGAGUACAGGACUAGAAGUGGAUUAAGACUGAUAUGGAUGAGCUUAUGGAAGAACACUGUCAAGAAAUGACCACUGAAAAGCUUAUGGAGUUGCAGGGUGUUUCACAGUAGGAAGCUGUGGAGAGGAGUUCUUCAGAGGAGGAGGAGGAGGAGGAGGAGGAGGAGGAGGAGGAAGUGGUGGUAACACCAAAGCAGCAAUCUUCUAGUGCAAUUAAGAGAAAUGCUGAAAGCAUGAGAUCUGAUUGCAUCGUGCACUGAAAAUCAUCACCCCAAUAAAACAGUGGCUACACAAGCUACAAAUUUAUUUGACAGUAAUGCUGUGUCGGAUUUAUUUAAGGUGUUGAAGCAUCGGUUGAGAUAAAUGACUAUAGAUGGCUUUCUAGUAAAAAAGAAUUAGUUAUGAAUCAUGAAUAAUAAAGUACAUAAUAGUGUAUGUAUAAUUUUCUUUGAAUAAAUGGCAUGAAUAAGAUGAAACACAGAUUCUGGAAGAAAUUAUGCUUGCUAUGUGAGAUUCCACUGUAAUCAUGCAUGGGUUUAUAGGUAAAAGUUAUCUAGUGCCACCCUCCCCCUCCCCUUCUCACAUUUUGUAUUUUAAGUGCACAAAUACUGUAGUUUUUAGUUUGUUCAAACCGUGAAACUGUUUUCAAUGAAAUCUUCAAUAUAAUAAUUACACUUUCCCAACAGGUCAGUGAAGGGCAAUACUUUUUGGGAACCAGUCUCCAUGUUAAAUAUAUCAUUGAUUUUUACUUUAGUGUACGUUUUUAUCCCUGUGUACUUUGGCAUUUGGGCAUGGAGUUUUGAAUGAUGUGUAAGAGGUUUAAAAUUCUCUCUGUUGUGAGUGCUGUAGUUGUGGUACGUGUCAAGUGCAUGUCAACUGGUUUUUACUGAAAUCCUGUUCUGUCCUCUUAAAGCAGGCUUGUAUAUUCUGUGGGCACUUUGAGUUAUUGAUUUUCAUUGUACUAUCAUGACAGUUCCUUUAUCAUUGUGAGAUGAUAUUUAGGUGAAUAAAUAAAUAAAUAUAAGAAAACAGAAACGGAGAAAAUGGAUAGUACUUUUAAAUAUCUGACCAUUUGUUGACAGGAUAUCUGUAGCUUUGCAACACCUGUUCCUGAUUAUUAUCUUUGAUAAUACUAGGAGCCUUGUGAUGUUUGCUGAAUUUCCCUAGAACACUACACUAUAACCAACAACCAACUCAAAGUAGCAGUAAUAGACUAUCUUCCUCGUAACAACAUGUGUGACACUUGACAAAAUACCACAACGAAUGCUAAGGUAUUCAGUUUAUUUCCUAAGUUGCCUGAGUGUAUCUUCCAAUUUAAAUUUUAUUCGAGAGUUAGACCUCUGAACUUCACAUGGUUUGCUUCUGCGAUAUCCUAAGCAAAGCAUGUAAUUUUUAUUUCAUGUCAUUCUAAUUAGUUACUAUCAGAUUGCUUCAUUUUGGUUUCAGUUAAGUUUUUUUAGUCCAUUUUGAUGGAAUGAAGAGUCAAGUUUUUUAAAAGUAUUUUCGAAACUUUCUGCAAUUAUUUUAGGCACCUCAUUUGUAAUUAGAACUGAUGUUUCAUCAGCAAAGAAAACUGAAUGAACAUCAAUAUCAAGUGGUAGGUCAUUUACCUAGGAAAGGAACAUAUAGGAAGACCAUAUCAAAUCUUGUGGAGCUCCUACGAUUUUUUUUUCCGGUCUGAGUAGUAAUUGCUUGAAUCUGAAGUUACAAUUACUCUUUGUUUGCUAGCUGUUAAGUAAGAGUUGAACCACUAUAGAGCAGUAUCCCUGAUUCCAUGGAUCUGAAAUUUGUGAAGACAUAAGGAGCGGUUCUCUGAAUCAAACGAACUUGUACGAAUACAGAAUAUUUCUGUAACCUUUUUACCCUCAUCAAAUGUAGAGCAUAUCUUUUGAGCAAACUCACUGAUGAUAUUCACAGUGUUUUUCUUCUGAUUGGCAAAUGUAUUUUAUCCCACCCACACGAGUUUUUUUUUUUUGAAGAUAAUACUUCAUCUUGCGGCAUUUUUUUUUUUUUUUUUUUCAAAUUGUUUAAUAUGUCUUCUGGCUCUUUUCCAAAUUUAUGAAAUAUUUGUCAUGUCUUGAUAGGCUGUCAUUUCUACAUCUGAUUAGUUAAGAAUUCAUUGAAAUAACUGGAUAUCUCAACAGGGUUUACUAUAACACUUUCAAAUCUAAUUUUCAAAACAUCUUGACAUUUGUUCAUAAUAUCACUCAGCAACUGAUCACACUGCUUUUGUCUUGUUUCUGUGGACAAUGAAUGUUUUAUUUGCCACUCUUUUUUUUUUGCUGUCAGUGCAACAUUUCACAUAUACCUUAAUACCAGUUUUUUUUUCUUUUUUUCUAAAGCAGGUUUUCUGUUUGACUUUGACUCACUAUGGAGCUGCCCCUUUCUGGCACUAGUUUUCUGUAUAUUUCACAUUCAUUGGCCCCAGCAACUCUCCAAUUACCAUCUUAACACCACAUAUAUACCUUGGACUUUGUGAGGGAGUUGGGAACUAGGGGCACAUUAGCACUCCCGAAACACACAAUAUAAACCAAUAUAAACACUGUAUAAACCAGGACACUCAAAAAUAAUUUAAUUCCCGCUCUCCCCCCCAGGUUGUAAUUUCUUAGAAUAAUAAUGCAGGCCUGUAGCUUAUAAAAAUAAGUUCCACUUAAUGGACUAAAUGCUGUGAUCCUCAAUGAAAGCACAUUUUACUUUCAACAAAUGUUUAGGUAUGUGAGAUAAUCUUACUCAUACUGCACGCUACGAAAUCUCUGCACAUUCACAGCGUCAAAAUUAACUGAAGUAUUAUUUUUGCGGAUACAAUUUAAAAGUAAUUGAUCCGGGUUUACAAUUAAUGGCGAUCAAAUUUGGUGCAACAGCCGCCAAGGGAAUGUCUUCGAUGUGUUGUGACAGUAAAUUUCAUAAUCAUCUAGUGGCCCUGUGUAAUCCGAAACAUUACAUACUUAAACAAAUACACUGAAUGUAUUUUAAUGCGGUGACUCCUUUUGUGAUCAAAGUUUUUUUUUAUAUUAUAUAAAAAUAAUAACUUUUGAAGAGAUUCUGAAAUGUCUGUGUUAUACGAUUCUGUUGUUUAUGUUCCGUCAUUAUUCAUUUUCACAUUGCUGUUCACGGUGACUUCAUAGAUGGUAUGAAUUUACUGUUUUCUCUUGCCAUAACAUCAUUUAAUUCUCGUCAUAUAUUGACGCGGUUACCAUCACUAUCUCAACACGAGACUUAUUUCCAAGAAUAAUCGAAGUAUAUGUUUACAUAUAGAGAUUCGAAUUCACAUAACCUCACACCGUCUUCCUCGCCGUUACGCUUCACAUCGCUUCUUUUUUACAGUACAGAUAACACAUUUCGUAUUUAGCGGGCUUCUACUAAUCAGAGAUUGUCUUCGUGUCUUGUGGCGCUGAACCUAACCUAAACCCACUUCGACGUGAGUAGUCAAGAAGGCUGUGGGUCAAGAAGCGAGUCUUGCUACUUAAAUGCGCCUAUGAACCACCAUUUUGUUUAUUUUCGUGUGAAAUUGGUGAAUUGUGAUCUGUGCAACAUAAGUUUUUAUAUGUUUAAGAUUUAGUGAUUAUAAAAUUACGUGUAUUAUAUAUGGUUCGGUCGUUUCCCCUGGUAACAGGGGGUGAAGAAAUCCGCAGACAUUGGGCGCAUUGCAAGUAAACACGUUAAAGUGACGGUGUCCGGUAAAAACUCAGUCGGUUCUGGGAAAGAUCGUACAGUUAGUCUUAAUUUAAAAAAACCAAAAAUUCAGAUCACGACAGUUGAAAAUAUGAAUCACGUAAAUGACAAGGAAAAUCAAAAUAAUGACGUAGAGGAGAUGGACACACAAGAAGGUGGAGUAGACGGUGGCGGAGAGACCCAAAUGAACGGUGAGACACAAGAUCAAACCGUGUCACAGGACGCGGAAAUGGAAGAAGAUGAAGCCCGUUCGGAAGCCACCUUCAGGUAUACUGUAACAAACUUCAGCAAACUGAAAGACACACAAUUGUCCCCUCCAACCUACGUGAGAAAUCUACCCUGGAAGAUCAUGGUGAUGCCAAGAACAAGUCCUGCCCAAGAUAGACAAAAUCAGAGAAGUCUAGGUUUUUUCCUCCAGUGUAAUGGAGAAUCGGAAUCAACAUCGUGGAGUUGCAAUGCUACUGCCGAACUGAGGUUGCUGAGCAAUAAGGAGGGCGUCCCACCAUUCUCUCGGACGAUACAGCACCUCUUCUACAGCAAAGAAAAUGACUGGGGGUUUAGCCAUUUUAUGUCCUGGCAGGAUGUUCUAGAAUCGGAUAAGGAGUAUGUUAAAGAUGACUCAAUUACGCUGGAGGUUAAGGUCCAGGCUGAUGCACCACAUGGCGUGAGUUGGGAUUCGAAGAAACAUACAGGAUAUGUAGGUCUUAAAAAUCAGGGUGCCACAUGCUACAUGAACUCUCUUCUGCAGACACUGUAUUUUACAAACCAACUAAGGAAGGCUGUUUACAAAAUGCCAACAGAGAGUGAUGAUUCAAGCAAAAGUGUAGCACUAGCACUUCAGAGGGUAUUCCACGAGUUGCAGUUUUCAGACAAACCUGUCGGUACAAAGAAACUAACAAAAUCUUUUGGCUGGGAGACGUUGGACUCCUUCAUGCAGCAUGAUGUUCAAGAAUUUCUACGUGUGCUGUUGGACAAACUUGAAAGUAAGAUGAAGGGAACCUGUGUUGAAGGAACUGUGCCAAAGCUCUUUGAAGGAAAGAUGGUGUCUUUCAUUAAAUGCAAGAACAUUGACUAUACAUCUACAAGAGUAGAGACCUUUUAUGAUAUUCAACUCAACAUCAAGGGGAAGAAAAAUAUUGAUGAAUCAUUUCGUGACUACAUAACAACAGAAGUAUUGGAUGGUGACAACAAGUAUGAUGCUGGUGAGCAUGGUUUACAGGAUGCUGAGAAAGGAGUGAUAUUCUCAGCAUUCCCUCCAGUUCUGCAUUUACAUCUUAUGAGGUUCCAGUAUGAUCCCAUAACUGAUUGUUCAGUUAAAUUUAAUGACAGGUUUGAAUUCUAUGAAAAAAUAAGUCUUGAGCCAUACUUGCAGCAACCUGAGCCAACAAGAGCAGAUUACACACUUCAUGCAGUUCUGGUACAUAGUGGAGAUAAUCAUGGUGGCCACUAUGUAGUUUUUAUAAAUCCCAAAGGUGAUGGAAAGUGGUGUAAGUUCGAUGACGAUGUAGUGUCUCGUUGUACAAAAACAGAAGCCAUUGACAACAAUUAUGGAGGCCAUGAUGAUGACAUGAACAUGACAGUGAAGCACUGUACUAAUGCAUAUAUGUUGGUCUACAUUCGUGACAGUGAAUUAAAAAACGUGUUACAAGAAGUGACUGAAGAGGAUAUUCCUCAGGAGCUAGUGGAGAGGUUACAAGAAGAGAAACGAAUGGAACAGAUACGCCGCAAGGAAAGGAACGAAGCUCAUCUAUACAUGUCUGUUCAAGUACUGCUAGAGGACAGCUUUGAUGGCCAUCAGGGAAAUGAUUUAUAUGACCCUGAACGUGCACAGUAUAGAAUAUUCAGGGUACGGAAACAAACGACGCUUCAAGAACUCCUGGAACACUUAGCAGAAAGUAUGAAGUAUCCAGUUGACCAAAUACGACCGUGGCCAUUUGGAUUCAGGUCAAAUCAAACUUGUAGGCCAACGCUAAUUGAUGUUGAAGCAGACUUGCACAAGCCUAUAUUGGAAGUUGCUGAAAAUCAGAAUCCUUGGAAUAUUUUCUUGGAGGUUGUACCUCCAGAUUCUGGUUUGCAGACUCUUCCCCCUUUUGACAAGGACACAGAUGUGCUGCUGUUCUUCAAAUUGUAUGAUCCAAAAAACAAGAGGAUACAUUACUGUGGGCAUCAUUACAUGCCUGUCGCAGCAAAAGUCCAGGAACUUAUUCCAAUGUUGAAUGAAAGGGCAGGCUUCCCUGCAGAUACAGAACUAAUAUUAUAUGAAGAAAUAAAACCAAAUAUGGUAGAAAAAAUUGAAAACUGCAAUGAGCCUUUGGAGAAAGUUCUUGAAGAACUGAUGGAUGGUGAUAUUAUCGUCUUUCAAAAAGAUGAAAGAGAAGAUUCAGAACUUCCAACAUGUAAAGACUACUUUAAGGAUUUGUUUCACCGUGUUGAAGUAACUUUCUGUGAUAAAAUGAUACCCAACGAUCCAGGAUUUACGAUUGAUCUGUCACAGAGGAUGACUUAUGAUCAAAUGGCACGAGCUGUCGCCGAACGAGUUGGUGUAGACCCUUACUUGCUUCAGUUCUUUAAGUGUCAAAACUACAAAGAUAGUCCUGGAAACCCUCUCCGGUGCACCUAUGAUGGAACAUUAAAAGAAUUGCUAGUUUAUUGCAAGCCUAAGACGCCUAAGAAAAUAUUUUAUCAGCAGCUUAGUAUACGAAUUAAUGAACUUGAAAACAAGAAACAAUUUAAGUGUAUAUGGGUAGGCCCAAAAUUGAAAGAAGAAAAGGAGCUAAUACUGUACCCAAAUAAAAAUGGUACAGUAUCUGACCUCUUGGAAGAAGCAAGAAAGCAGGUUGAACUGUCCGAAAAUGGGUCUGGAAAACUUAGGAUAUUUGAAGUAAACUGCAACAAAAUUAUUUCUGGCCCAAAGGAAGAUGGUCCACUAGAAACACUAAACUCUUCUGCUAGUAAAACAUUCAGGAUAGAGGAGAUACCACGAGAUGAACUGCACCUAGCGGAUGAUGAAAUGCUAAUGCCAGUUGCCCAUUUUUAUAAGGACAUUUUCUCUACAUUUGGCAUUCCAUUCUUCCUUAAAGUGAAGCAUGGGGAGCCAUUUUCAAAGAUUAAAGAUAGAUUACUGAAGAAAUUAGGAAUUCAAGAAAAAGAAUUUGAGAAGUUUAAAUUUGCACUAGUUGUGAUGGGGAGGCAAACAUUUAUUGAACAGCCAGACUACUGCAUAAAUUUGCAGGAUUUCAGGUGUCAUCCAAACCAAGGAAACACUGCACCAAUGCCUUGGCUUGGGCUAGAGCAUGUAAACAAAGCUCCCAAACGAUCUAGGUACAAUUAUCUGGAGAAGGCUAUUAAAAUCUACAACUGAGAAGUCCUAGGCUGUUUCUUGUACAUACGUAAUUUGGUUGCAAGGACUCCAAGAGAAAGCAACCUUUAUUUGUAAUGAAGAGGUAUUUAAACCUCAGAAAGACUGAGUGGGAUUGUGUUGUGAACAGACAUUCAGUGACAUUGGUGUGGUGAACUGUGUCUGCAGCAACAGUGAUAAAAUAACGAACUGUGUCAUUUUGUCAGAUGUGACAAGUACAGCGUUGUGUGAUCAGGUAAUAAAAUUGUUGUGUUAUUUCUUUGCCAAUGACUAUUCCUCAUUCGUUAUGAAUGCUGCUUCCCGAUAACUCAAGACACGGCUGUGUUGAUUAAUGAAUAAAUUAUACACCAAUUAAAAUUUUUCCUUGCUUGUAGAUACGAAUUUUACAGUAAGAACAUUUUUACAAGUCAUUUUUCCCCGUUUAUGACCCUGUGGUUCGUGUUCCUCAUUGUUCUGCACUGUGGUGAUGUGACUGUCUGCUGUUUUGCUACAGUGGAAGAAUGAAGAAAGCACCUGUGAAUAAUCCGGUUUAAAUGUUUGUAAGUAAUCUGUUUUUAAAGACAAUAGUAUGUUCUGUGAGGUUACCAGAGUUUGUGACAAGAUUUAAGGAUAGCAUGUGUACAAAGACCAAGAGAAGUUCAUCAGCAAACUUUGUGGUAUAACAUAAUUAUACUAAAUGCGCUAUCAAAAUUGUAAGUUCAGAUGUUAUGCACAGGAAUUUUAUUUCGUACUGUUUUAGUCGCUUUAAAGUAACCAAUUCUAAUAAGUCAGUUUUGUGAAAGAAAUUGUUUCGUGAAUUGGGACUUAAUUGUUGAGUAAUGGAUUAAUAAAAAGAAAGUUAUUUUUGGACCUGAAACAACUGUUACAUUUUUUUCUUUGUAUUUCCAGCAAUUAUUUUUAAGAGCAACAGUUUACCAUGAAAAUUAUUUAGUAUUCAUGUCAUUUUAAAUGUUUUAUAUGCAUUAAGAUAAUUUUAAUGCUUAAUGCCAUUACCCUUAAAAAUAGUUUUAUGCAGAAUGAAGUGCCUCCAUUUUGUGAUUAAAUUUUAUAUUAGUGAACGAUUGCACUGGAAUUGCUUCAAUGAACUUUUUCCCCUAAUUUGUAAAAAUCUGAAUGUUAACAGUGAAUGCAUAUAAUUUAUUUACGAACAAAAAUAUAUUUUUUUACAAACAGAGAAAAUUUUGUCAGGAUUAUUUCAUAAAUCAUUGUUUUAUCAUUUAGAGAAUUGUGUGUUGGCAUGUCUUGUUUUUCACUGUAUCUGGGUUCAGUUCAUUUCAGUGCAGAGUUUCAUUCAUGUGUUAGGCAAACACUCCAGACAAUGAAUUUCUACCAUAAUUGCUCCUUGUUUAUUACUUUGUGUGUACAGUUUGGACAUUUUACGUCCAAUACCAGUUGUAAAAUGUGUGAGUGAAAAGAUUAAGUAGGUUUGGAGGGUCUGGAGGUUUGCAACAAUGACAUGAAUUUUUUAUAAAAAAAAUGUAAAAAAUAUUUGUUAAAUAUUGCACUAGACUGAAUUAUGAAUUUACAUGGACUGUGUGUGUGUGUGUGUGUGUGUGUGUGUGUGUGUGUGUGUGUGUGUGUGUGUGUGUGUGUGUGUGUGUAUAUAUAUAUAUGUAUAUGAAGAAAAUUAUGACUUAAAAUUUUGCUGAUAAUUAGUUGUUAAAAGAUUUGAAGUGUCUGCUUUCAGAGUACAUAACAGUAUUAACAGAGCGAUCUCUCUGACACUGAAAUCUUUCAUUGGCUUACUGAUUAUCAGCCAGCAUUGAAAGUCAGUCUUAACAUUUUCAUUGCAGUUCUGUGUAAAUAAUUCAUUUUGUACAUAACUCUGUAAAUAGUUGUAAUGGUUAAAGCAGGAUAACAUGAAUGAAUAUUAAUCUUUGGUUUCAUUUUAUUGUAAUAAUAAAGGCACCAGGAUUUCAGUACA